GUACAGACCACUCAUGUGAAGUUCUUAGCAUUCGAUAGCGUUGAACGCUGCUUGGCCUUAGACCUGGAUGGGAGGUAUGACCACAUCCUUGGCAUGGCAUGGCUUGAGGGCCACAAGCCAUGGAUCGACUGGAAGUCGAAAACGUUAGGCGCUACGCGCUCGUCUCCUAGUGGAGCAUUGGCGAGCCAUGAACUCACCUCUACUAAGAGGCAGAAGCGCUAUUGGCGCGGGCACAUGACCGAGUCGGCCAUGGCGCUAGACAUUGGAAUGUCCGAGUUGGUAAGCAACGAAGUUGCAGUUGGUUGUGAGGGUGCGCAAGGCGUAGCACCCCCUCUGUUGAGCGGUGUUAUUAGGGUCGUUGACCCACCGCUGUGUCCUAUGGACAAAUGCGGAGCGGCACGUAAACCGCCGAGCGGUGUUAGCAGGGUCGAAGACCCACCGUUGAGUGUCUUGUAUGACACUGUUUCCUCUCUGAGGAGUGAAGGUGCGCUAGCACCUGGGCCAAGUGACGGUGGUAAUGUCGCGAGGCCAUCCUUGUCCGGUCGUACGCGGGCGAGGAGAGAGAGGAGGAGGAGACACCGAGCGUCUAUGGCGUCUAUGACGACGGACGAGAUGCCCAGCGUGUCGAGCGGUGAGGCUUCACACGACUGCAGUGAGCAGUUGUACACACUCGUCAACGGCAUGACAGGGGAAUCCAUCAGUCUCGAGCGACUCCCGUCUGUUGAAGCUAUUCUAGAGCUGGACGAGAUGUCCGUCGCCGAGUUUGGCGAAGCCUUAAAGGGUAAUGACCUCGCCGAGUCGUCCGUCGUGGACGAAGCUAUAGAGGACACGAAGCGGGCGCUUAGCGCAAGAAAACCUGCCGGCGGACUGCCUCCGGACCGAGUCGUGCGUCAUGAGAUUUACCUGGUUCCCGGAACCAAAUACUGCAUUACACGGCAGUGGCCUUUACCAAGGGAGCAAUGUGACGUCAUUGACGCGCUCUUCCGUGCUAAGCACGAGGUCAGCUUCGUGCGUGAGAGUAAAGCUCCGCGCUCGACACUUACGUUCUUUGUCCGAAAGUCUAAUGACAAGUGA